UAUUUACUCCAGCGUAUCAGAACUCAUCCGCAAGUAUGUUCUCCCUGUCCAUGAUGGUGGGGCUGAUCCCAAUAGUGUCCCUCUUCGGUCUGUUCUACUCUGCUGCCGUGGAUGAGAACUUCCCACAAGGCUGCACCAGCAGCAGCAGUCUGUGUUUCUACAGCCUGCUGCUGCCGGUCACCAUCCCUGUCUACAUCUUCUUCCACCUCUGGAGCUGGAUGGGGAUCAAGCUCUUCAGACACAAUUAGGCUUUUCUGACUCAGUUCUGUUCAAGAUGAAGAUCCACCUGAAACCCCUCCAGUACAAUUAAAUCAUUGGUGAUGUAACUUUAUAACAUUUCAUGACCCAUUUUGUUUGUUUGGUAACAAAAGGCAAAUAUUGAUGCUUUGGCAACACAUCAGCACAUCACAAGCACAGCUACAAUUUGGUUUAAUUGCAGAAAUUGUUGCUUUUUCCACAAAUAAUAAAAUAAAAUGCUGCUGCUGUACACUGUUAGAUUGAGAUGUCAAGGCAAUAGACACAUUGCAGGACAUGAGGCAUAACUAGACAGGGCAGGCUGGAGAAAAUAGAAUGCAACAGGUUACUCUCAAACAGGUUACUCUUAGCUUAUUUUAUUAUCUCUGUCUUUUUUUGUCAAAAUAAGUCAGUUUUUGAGAGUAACCACAGGUGGAUUUUUGCACACACAUGUGGUGGUUGUUGCACUUUCAGCUUUUUUUAUGUGGGCUGCAGUGUGUAAUAGCUGGCAAAAAUUUAAAUAAAGAUGUUUCUUUUGAA